AGGGCGGCGGGCGCGCCGCCCCGGGGGGAGGGGGCGCGCAGGUUAGCGGUGCGCGUGCGCGGUGUCGUCAGCGGCGCGGCGCAUGCGGGCCUGGGGGGCGCCGAGACCUCUCCGCGGAGCUGUGCGGCCUGCAGACCCAAUGGCUGUCCCACCAUCAUACUGCGACUUGGGAAAAUCUGCCAGGGAUGUAUUCAAUAAGGGAUAUGGAUUUGGAAUGGUCAAGUUAGAGCUGAAGACCAAGUCUUCCAGUGGAGUGGAAUUUACUGCAACUGGGUCUUCCAAUACGGACACAGGCAAGGCUUCAGGGAGUCUAGAGACCAAAUAUAAGAUCCAAGACUGUGGACUUACAUUCACCCAGAAGUGGAACACAGACAACACACUGGGAACAGAAGUGUCUGUGGAGGAUCAGUUGGCUGAAGGAUUGAAGGUGGCCCUUGACACUGUAUUUGUACCAAACACAGGGAAGAAGAGUGGAAAGUUGAAGACCUCCUACAAAAGAGAAUAUGUAAAUCUAGGCUGCAACAUAGACAUUGAUCUCUCUGGACCAACCAUCUAUGGCUGGGCAGUGCUAGGCUAUGAAGGCUGGCUUGCUGGCUACCAGAUGGCUUUUGAUACAGCCAAGUCUAAGCUGUCACAAAAUAACUUUGCCUUGGGAUAUAAGGCAGGAGACUUUCAGCUGCACACUAAUGUGAAUGACGGCACUGAGUUUGGUGGGUCUAUUUAUCAGAAGGUUAAUAAUAAGGUUGAGACAUCAGUAAAUCUUGCAUGGACUGCUGGCAGUAACAAUACACGGUUUGGUAUUGCUGCCAAGUACCAGCUGGAUGAGAAGACCUCCCUUGUGGCCAAAGUGAAUAAUGCCAGCUUGAUUGGAAUUGGUUACACUCACGCCCUUCGACCUGGUGUAAAGUUGACUCUCUCAGGUUUGAUUGAUGGCAAGAAUUUCAGUGCUGGAGGUCACAAAGUUGGGUUGGGCUUUGAGCUGGAAGCUUAACGCAGUUUUGAGUAAAGCAACAGAUAGGCCCUGAGAGAUGAAGAAAAAGUAUACCCAGAGGGUUUGGCCUUAACAUUACUCUGAAAUUUCAAGAAGUGUGAACUUUUACUCUUCCAAAGAAUUGCUUUAACCCAACACUGAAGCCCAGAAGGUGCAAACACCUCAAAGGAAGAUACUUGAAGGCAUGCAUGGAAGUUGUAAUGUUUGUGCCACAUUCCACUUUUUAAUGUUUUAAUUGGGCUCCUAAAGACAGCAUAGCAUCUUGUUACAAAGGAAGAAAAUCCCACAUCUCCCCUCUAGUAUAUUGCAUCCUGCAUGUCUUACACUUCACAACCUUUUAUAGAAAUCGUCUCUGUGUUGUAGUGGAAACUUUGGUUCUUCAUCAGAACAAAAUAAAACCAGUCACAGUUGGAACAUAA